UUUCUUUUCAAUUUGUUUGGAAUGCGAAGCUUUUAUUGUAGAGUUCGCCACCGUACCUUUGUUAUAUGUCCAUUUGCACUGUGUUAUAAAGUAAAAAUAAUAAUUUAUUUAUUCAUAACCUUCAAAAUGCAAAUGGGAAAUGAGAGAGAUAGAGAUAGAGAUGAAUACAUAAAAACAAACAAGCGCGGUAACUUACAUAAGUGUCAUUGGGCAGAAAUCGCCAAAAACUAAGAAACACAUAGAAGGCCAACAGAAGUAAACGAAAAAAAUAUUACAACCUAAGAAGGAAUCACCGUUCCAAGAAAAUAUAGCAAUAAAUAGCAAAAACAUUAAAUAAAGUUGUCAGCAAGUUUCCCAAGGACGUGCCCUAAGAUGAAAAGAAACGAUAGUCAGUUUUCACACUAUCCAUCACCGGGGCGAGACUCACCGCCACGUUUAAGACAACGCCUGUCGCAAGGUUCAAAAUUCCAUGAAAUUUUCAACAAAAUCUGUGCGAUUGAGAAGCACUUAUUUAAGGAAAAUAAAGAAAAGCCGCAUAGCAAUAGCAAUGCACCUGAAAAUCAAGCUUCUGAAACUGCCUCCGAAAGCGGUAAUCUUGAAAUUGAUGUGGUGAAUGUUGAAAACGAUGGAAUGUCUCUGGACUGUUCACUUUUGACGCCAGAUUCACUGUUGACGGGAGAAGAAGAUAUGGAAGAAUAUGAAGAGGAGUUCGAAGAAGGAGAAGACGGGGAAGAAGGAGAAGAAGGAGAAGAAGACGAAGAAGGAGAAGAAGGGGAAGAACUGGAUGAAGGAUUGUAUGACGAUGGGGCAAUCAAUGAGGAAUCUGUCUACAGCUCCCUACCGCAAGACUUACUGAACGAAUAUGAAUUAGCAGCACUGGAAUAUAGUGCCAUCAAUGCAGAAUGGAGAAAUGGAUCUCCAAAAGACUGCAGAAUUCAAAAACGACUCGAGUACCCCGAAGCUGAUAUUACAAGUAAUUUUAUCAGUGAUCAAAACCGUAAUGCUAAUCCCGAAAUUCCAAGUCUUACUGCGUCCGAUAAUGGACCAACGACUUCACGGCGUGCAUGUGAGUCCCUGGCUUCACUGCAAGAAACUGCUUGGAUGCAUCAGCCCAAUUUCCAGCCAUCUACAGCCUAUGGGACGGAGCCUGUAGACAACACGAAUCUCUUCAAGCAACCAGCUUUAAGGAAGGAGUAUCAGAAGCUGUUAAGGCAAACGUAUUUUUUAACCAAACGGGCCAAAUAAUUCUCGUUUUCUCAAUGUUAUCUUAAAUUUUAGUACGUGUUAUGUCGUUGUGUGUCAUGCUCUUUGUAUUAAUUUCAUGGUAUUCAUACUUUUUUGUCAUUUUAAAACUCACCAAGUGAACGAUCAAUCUAACAUCUUUUAUUAUUAUGAUAGUAUUGGUAGACAAAUUACGAACCCCACUGAUAUGUAUAUGUGUACAUAACUACGAUUUAGCAUUGUAAAACAAAACUUUUGAAAAUGUUAAAUUAGCAGAAACAAAGUGUCUCAACUAUGUUCAAAUCACUUCAAAUAAAAUAAUAAAAUUGUCCUUAAAGGAA